AUGACCUUCACAGUGACCCGCUCUCACAAACUAAACGACCGUGACCACGCCAUCGAAGAUCUCUCAGGUGCUCAAGAUCACCUGCCACGUUACUUUGCAAAAUCUGGCCCUACCGAUGCUGAUCCUCGCAAGACAAAGAAGGAUGGGGGUGGCAAAGGGAACUGGGGGCGCUCCGGAGAUGAAAUGCAAGACUAUGGAUACAAAUUCACCAACACUCGUCGUCGCUCAAACAGCAGCACGCAAGGGCUUGCCGACUUCAGAACUAAAUUCGAGAUAGACGACCAUGAGCCUGUUUCUGAAGAGCAGCUCCACGGCCUUGCCGAUGUCACGGUGAAUGAAGGCACCAUAACCAAAGUCGACAGUACUAGCAGUAGUCAUGACAGCGAGAUUGAGCAGGGAGCGUCUAAGUAA